AUGUCUACAGUUCUAUUAGGUGUGUGUGAUGAACCUUUAUUAGAUUCAAUUACUACAUGGAAGUGUAAUAAAAUUGGAUCUUUUCCAGAUUGGAUGACUGCUGAUGACAUCAUUCUUCCAAGAUGUAAAUUAUGUAGCGAAUGCCUCGUAUUGUUGGUACAGAUUUACUGUCCUGUGUCUAUUCCCCACAGAACGCUGUACGUUUUCACAUGUAUCAGUAAAUCAUGUCAAAACAAACCAGAAAGCUGGUUGGUGUGGCGUUCACAGUGUUUCGAUACAGAGAAACCAGUGGAUGUGAAGAAAGAACAAAUGGUAACCAUGGCUACCAAUGACUGGUGUGAUGAAGCAGAUGACUGGGGGGAUGAGGAUACCAGUUCUUGUCUCAGCAUGGCAACUGAUAGUGCUGGAUUAAAUCAGUCCUCUGUUGCCACAGCGAUUAGCUCAGGAGUUGUAACAAAACCUGAAAAGUUGUCAGAUAUGCAACAACCACUAGAAGGUGCAGACAUCACAGCUUCGAAAUUAGAAAAACUAAAUUUACGAGACAACCUCCCAUGUUUUGUUGGUUUUUACAUUGCCGUGUUUGAGGAAGAGGAUGAUGUGAAUGAAGAGGAGGUUAACGAUCAUGAAAAACAAUUAGUAACAGAGUAUGAAGAAAGAGAAGGGAUCAGUUUGUCUGAUUUACAGACGUGUGCAGCCAGUACAUGCUCAGCCAAAAGUGAAGGUAAAGAAAAGUAUGAAAAAAUAGUUGCCAAACAUGGAGAUAAAACUUUUCAAAAAUAUUUAAAAAGGAUUUCUUUGUGUCCUGAGCAGUGUAUUAGAUACCAGUGGAAUGGAACGCCAUUACUGAUGACAUCAUCUUGGAGUGAUAGUGACGUUCCAAAAUGUCAAUACUGUGGUGUUAAUAGAAUUUUUGAACUACAAAUCAUGCCUGCUAUUAUACCCAUAUUGAAAUUACAACCAUACCAAGGGUCCCUAAAACGUUCUAAUAAGAGUUCCAUCUUAUCUCACGACGCCGUGGGCCCAGAACUAGUUUCUGUGGACACAUUCAACAAUGGGCGUACUAUGGUGCGUUAUAAAGUGGACGAUUUCGAAGAGGAUGCGAUGGGCGAGUCCUUUCACCAGGGUACGAUCUUGUCUGACUUGAACCCGUUUCGAAUCGACAGCACCGGGGACCUCGAAUUUGUAGCUGGUUUGGACGAAGAAAAGGCGCUUGGAAAUGCGGAACCGAUAAUUCAGGGUUCAGAGUGUGACCUCUUCUUGACUGAGUCACUACAGGAUAUUUUUAAUGAUAUAGCUACAAUUAUAGGCGGCCCAUACCCAGCAAAUAUGUCAACCUGGUCAUCCACGCUGGUCUCAGAAUUCUUUAAAUUUAUAAAUACAAAGUUUGGGUUGAGAAACUCCUUUCCAGACAUUAUAUUGUUCCAUGAUGUGAAUGGUGAAAAGCUUCUCAAGAUGAUAAGCAACCCGGAAUACAAUGAGAUAUUCGAUGUACAUCCUGAUAAAGAUGUCGUCAUUGGUUACAUCCAGUGCCUUACAACUGUAAUGGGAGUCGCUCAAACCCCAAGUGACAAUCCAAAUCAGCUAUCUCUAUCCAUGGAUCACAGCGACCAAGAAAAUAACAAAACAACUUGUAAUACAAAUACAGUUGUUAAAAGAAAGAGAGGACGACCAAGAAAACACCCAAUAAAUGGAGAAAAAAAGAAAGUAAAAGUAGAAAGAAAAAUAUUAUGGAAGUUCAUUUUUCAUCUUCUUGACACAAACUCGCUUGACGGCUGCCUGAGCUGGGUAGAUCGGCAAAAAGGAUUAUUCAAGUUUACCAGCGGUGAUGGCAAAGAAAUGGUAGCCAGAAGAUGGGGUAAAAUUAAAGGCCACCAUAAACCAAUGACGUAUCAGAAAAUGGCGAGGGCUCUCCGAGAUUACAGGAAAAAAAACAUUAUGGAGAAAUGCAAAGGAAAAUUGUAUUACAAAUUCCGCCCAGCGGCACUUGCGCAGUUCGGGAAAAUAUUCUUGUUGAAUACUGGUGAAAAAGUCUUGUUGAUGACUGGUAAAAAGUCUUUGUUGAUGACUGGUAAAAAUUUCUUGAUGAUGUCUGGUGAAAUAUUCUUCUUGAUGAUGUCUGGUGAAAAAUUCUUCUUGAUGACUGAUGAAAAGUUCUUGUUGAUGACUGGUGAAAAGUUCUUGUUGAUGACUGAUGAAAAGCUUGUGUUGAUGACUGGUAAAAAACAUUCAAGUCGGAUUGAUUUAAAACAUUCUGCUGAUGAAGAGAUACUGGAUUUACAUGAUGUAGAACAUAAAAUGCAAUCGGUAUUGGACCAUCUGAAAGAAGAUUAUGUCAAACAAUUAUCGGUUAGAACAUCACCAGUUAAUGCGGCCGUUAAAGCAAUAAGUGAUGCCGGUAUGAAUUUAAAUCCACAGUCUGAAGGAACCAUGAUACAAGUGCCGAUACCAAAAGUCACCAGGGAACAUCGAGAACACCUCUCAAAAACGGCGAAGACAAUGUGUGAUAAAGCGAAAGUGAACGUUCGUAAUGUGAGGUCAAAAGUCAUGAAUGACAUAAAGCAACACAAAGACCAUGCUUCGAAAGAUGUUUUAAAAAUGUUGGAAAAACAAGUACAACAGCUAACUGAUGAUUUUAAUGCCAGUGCUGAGCAACUAUUAGUUGCGAAAAACAAAGAAUUAUUAGGAAAGUAAAACAAAUAUUAUUGGUAUUAAACUGAAAUCGACAUUCUGAAAUAUAUGUAUAAACAUUCAUGCUGCAUCGAAAACAAUCCAAAAAAUCAAGAUAUUCACAGCGGCCAUUUUUAGCAUAACUCUGCAAUAUUUUGCAUCAAACUUAUUUUCGAGAAAGUUGGCACUGCUGCACUGUAGUUUGGGAUUUAUUUUUUAGGUUUAAAUUUUUCUAGAAAUUUUAUUUUUGAGUUAAGUUUCCUAUCUUGGUAUUCAAUGUAUUAGUUGUGCGUUUGUUUGGUACUUCUCAAUUUUUUAGUGUACUACUUUGAGGUCAAAUCACUCAGGUCAAUUUAUCUCUGUUUCAAGUUCAAGAGAGAAAAAAUGUUUGUAAAAAAUGCAAAAUUUGAGUUUGGUGCUUCUGUAGGCUCAUACAAUAUGUAAAUAAUCUUUUGAUGAAGACACCAUUUUUGAUAUGAGAUUGAACUAGCUAGGAUGUAUGGUAUCAAUUAUUGACAAAUUUACCGUAGAGUGGAAUUGCCGGAAACAUGAAAAGUUAUAGGAUCAAAUUCAAAUUCAAAUAAUUUAAAACAUUUAAAUCAUUAAAAGAUUAAUUGAGAAAAUACAAGAUACUCGUUUGAGUUUAGCAAAGGUCAGGUGAUAAAAUCAGCCAAUCAGUGGGUGAUGAAAUAUCGUCAGCGGCCAUUUUGACUUUCUAUGGCAUUUGACGCCCCCAAGAGGCUGGGUUUCACGCCAUUUGUUUGAGGAUAGUAUAUUGCAUUGCAAUCAUGGACAUUGGAGAAUUCUAACCCUACCCACUAACUUAUUUUUUUCAAUUUUGGUCACUGCCAAUUUCAAGUUUUCAUGUUUCCAUGUUUCUGAGGUUUCUAGCAAUUCCACUCUAUGCAAAUUUACUACUCUGCCUGUUUGCUUUAAUAGAAAUUGUUUUCAGUGACAGAUUACUCCAUUUGCUUUAUUAGUGUGUCUAUUGUCCAAGUAAAUAUAAUAUAUAAUGAAUUGAUCCUGCAUACAUUGGUUUUUAUGCUUUUAGUAAUUAACUUCUAAAAAACAUAGUGAACAAAUAUUACAAGAAUCUGUUCACUGACUUAUGUGAAUAUUAAAUAUCAAAUCGUUA